AAACACAAGUUCAAUGUUCAAUCACUAAAAUUACAUACUUCAAGUUCAAUCAAUCAUUUCUUUUUCAGCCAAUAUGUUGACGAAAUAAACUCGGUCACCAAAGUUACAAUUUUAACUUAAAAACAAUUUUAUUUUCUAUCAAAAUAACGUAGAGAAUGUCCGCUAGUAAAUUAGACGCCGUAUACCGUAGUAUUCUAUUAACAAAAUUCUUUACGAAAGGCUGGGGUAAGCCGGAAAACUUGCGCAGGUUAUUCGAGUUCAGAAAAGUUGUAUCGAAUCGUGAAGAAUGCUUCAAAUUGGUUGAAAGAGACUAUCCCGUCACCAUUACUAAGGAACAAAAUGUCGCCGAGGGCAAGCUUCUUGAAGGAUACUUCACUAGUCCCCUUGAGAAACACCUUCCAGGAAUUGUACCAGAGAUAGCACAAAAGGCACAUUUCCAAGCACUGCUACCAACAAAGUGGCCUGACAAAGAUUGUAAACCAGUUUGUCUUCAUUUAGCAGGAACUGGUGAUCAUUUUUAUUGGCGUCGUCGUAAUUUAAUGGUGAAACCGUUACUAAAGGAAGCCGGUAUUGGCGGUAUCAUUCUUGAGAACCCAUUUUAUGGACUUCGUAAACCUAUUGAUCAAAUCCGUUCGUCUCUCCACAAUGUGUCGGAUAUAUUUGUGAUGGGAGGCUGCUUGAUCUUGGAGUCUUUGGUGCUAUUCCACUGGUGCGAGAGGAAUGGGUUAGGUCCACUUGGUGUCACGGGGCUUUCUAUGGGUGGACAUAUGGCGUCUCUAGCAGCGACUAAUUGGCCAAAGCCUCUAGUCCUAGUCCCGUGCCUCUCCUGGUCGACAGCAUCGGCUGUGUUCUUACAGGGAGUUAUGGCUCAUUCAAUAAACUGGGACCUCCUAGAAGAUCAGUAUUUAUCGGAUGGCGAAUACCGAGAGAAAUUAUCUAAAAUGGUAACCAUAGUAGAUGAAGCAUUCUUAGCCGGGAAAAAGUUUGCUCGAACAUACUCACAGAACAUGGAAAAAAAUGUCCAGACGGCCACACAAACAAAAACCAGUGAUAACGUAGGGAAUAAUAGUAACAAGAACUUAGAUAUUACGUACAAGGAAAAUAAAAAUGAAAGUGAAAAUACUGAAAAAGUUAUAGACGUUACGAAAACUGUUUUAGACAGUAACAAAAUUGUAAAAAAUGCGAACAGAACUGAACUAGAAAAUCAAAUAGAAAAUUUAAAUGAAGAACUGAAAAAACUUUUAGAGGAAGGCAAAAUAAAUCAGGCACUGUACGAGAAGUUAAUAUCGAACAAAAAGUUCGAAUUGGAUCCUCAAGACAUUGAAGAUAUUAACAAAUUGACCGAGAAUAAAUUGAAGGAAAUGCUAUUGAAAUGUAAAGUUGAACUCAGAAACGAGGAAACCCUGCUAUCCGAAACACUAACACACACCAAAGAAUCUAAUGACAUGACCGAGCAGAGAAGUAUGGGAACCUCGAACAUUACAGCGGACAAUACGAACGUUCCGACACUGAAAGCACCAGAGAAAAACGAACUAAUACCGGAGGCUGAUAAAAGUAAAUCGUGGAACAUAACGGAUUUCACAUCUGACAUCUGGGCUAACUUGCCGUUCUUCAAGCCAAGCGGAAAGAAGAUAGACAUAGGCAAAAUACAUUGGAGGGAUAGAGAAGCGUUGCAAUUCAUGAGAGGCAUUAUGGACGAGUGCACCCAUCUAAGCAAUUUCUCUGUGCCAUUUGAUACUUCCCUGAUCAUAGCCGUGUGCGCCCAGCACGACGCGUACGUGCCGCGCGACGACGUGGGCACACUGGAGGAGAUCUGGCCCGGCGCCGAGGUGCGCUACGUGGACGCGGGCCACGUGUCCGCAUACCUGCUACACCAGUCCUUGUUCAGGUCAUGCAUAAUAGAAGCCUUUGAACGUUCGAAAAAGCGUUGGAAAGACGGAAAACAUAUCGACUGACCUCACGGUUUGUUUAGGUGCUAAAAUAUAGUUAAUUUAUAAGUAAUAUUCGUAGCGUUUCGUAAACAUGCGUUCACUUAUUUAAGUAGAUUCUAAAUAGUCUAGUAGAAUAAUAAUGUAUUCUUCCGUCAUAAAAUUUUCUGUUACCAGGUUGUGAUUGUAUAGCUAGUAGUGAUUAGGAGUUAGGUGUCGAGGUUCUAUCGCGAUAAUUUGUCCCAAAUCAAUAUUUAGACUUAUAUUAUGAAAUUAAACUUCUUUUCACAUUCAUAUAAAAUGACUAAAAUAAUUAAAUAUAUAUUCCUUAUUGAUAGCUGACGCCAAGUUUGCAAUUUCAUACUUAAACACCAGUGACUACGUAAAAAU